UUUGCAUUGUGAUGACAUUGUGCAAGUGACUGCAAAUUUGAUGAAUUUCAAAAAAUUUCAUUUUUUUAAUUAAAGCAAGUAGAAUUACUUAAAUCCACACUAGUUUAGUAAUGUGUUAUUGUAUGUAAUUGUUAACGUUCAAUUAGUUUUCAAUUAACACAAUGUCUAUAGUAAAUUCCAACAAACGACCAAAUGUACUGUUGCAAUUGUUUCUGUGUGUUUUACAGAGAAUUUGAGUUGUCGAAAUGAAGGCCGCUUCAAAUAUUUUCUGAUGCAAAAUUAAGUAUAAUUAGUAAGUUUUUAUCAUUGUAAAACAGAAAUGGCGGAAGUUACUUCUCCAAAAACGUGUCGUUCAUCUUCUGCAAGUCCUCCACCAAAGUGUGCCAUUUGUUUAGGAACUUGUACUAAUAAAUGCUACUCAAAUUCUUGUAUGCAUCAAUUCUGUUUUACAUGUCUUUUAAAAUGGUCAAAGGUAAAAGCUGAAUGCCCUCUUUGCAAGCAAGCUUUUAAAUCAAUUAUUCAUAAUAUAAAGUCAAAUAGUGAAUAUGAUGAGCAUAUUAUAGCAAGACCUAACCUAUCUUUGGAAGAGCAAAAUAUCCACAACAAUCCAUUUCUUUUUAUUCCUCCUGCACCUCCUAGGCAUUUUCAGUUCAGAACUACAUUCACGGUUGAUCCCAGAGGUGAACUGGCCAUUCAACAAAUGCUUUUAUCACAUCCCUUGACAAACAAUUUUUAUAUACCUGGGACAUUAACAAGAAGAGCAAGUUCUUCUACAAGCUUUAGGAGAUCCAUAUAUGCGCAGAACCUAUGGGUGUAUGCACCUCCUGAUAUAACAGGACAAUAUCGAAAUAUUAGUCCUAGCUUUUUCAGGUAUGUAUGUAUUUUUUAGAUGUACAAUAUUAACGGCUGGAUUCUAAAACAAAAACUUCUAUUUCUUCUUAUGUAUAGGACGAAAAUUUUUUUUAAUAAGCGAAAUAGGGGUAAAAAGGU